UCAUUUAAUUAAAAUGGCCCUUCUACGUGGUGUCAUUGCGAAAUAUAAUUCAUUUCAAUAAUAAUAACAAUUACUUAACUGACGUGUGACAUAUGUGUUGAUUAACUUUAUCAUUAUUUAUUUCUUUUUUUUUAUCCACAAUGGCCUUGGAAGUGAAUCCGUUUUUAUUUUAAAACAUCCGAUAUAACUGCCAAUGUUUUUAUGAAAACUUAUUAGUUUUCCGUUUUCCUUUAUUUACAUUUUCUUUUUGUUUUAUUCAUUUCCGAAUAAUUAACAAGUGUUUUUUUGUGUAAUUAUCAAUUUGUUGGUAAAUAAUAAUGGCCGAUCCCAUUAAAGAAACUCACGAGAUCCCAGGAAAAAUGAAAAAUUUGAAUAACAGCAGCAAUGGAUCUGACAGUGACAUGAAAUUGGAACCGUCAAGUCCAACAGAGAGAUAUGUAUUUUCUAGAUGUAAUAGCACUGGUUCAUUACAUACCCCAUCAUCAUCAGCACACAAUACUGAAGAUGAAGACAGCGACAACAAAAACUCAACGAUAAGUUACAAAGAGCGUCGCCGAGAAGCCCAUACCCAGGCCGAGCAAAAGCGCAGAGACGCGAUAAAAAAAGGUUACGAUUCUCUGCAAGAUUUGGUGCCGUCGUGCCAGCACUCGGACUCCUCCGGGUACAAGCUUUCGAAAGCCUCCGUUCUGCAAAAGUCCAUUGACUACAUCCAGUUUCUCCUCCAGCAGAAGAAGAAGCAGGAGGAAGAGCGGAAUGCGCUGCGCAAAGAAGUCCUGGCUCUCAGAAUAAUGGAGGCGAAUUACGAGCAAAUUGUCAAAGCGCAUCAGACUCAGCCGAAUCAUACCGAGAUGCGGGUUUCUGAUGAAACUAAAUUCCAAGUGUUUCAGGGUAUAAUGGACCAACUGUUCCAAAGUUUUAAUCACAUCUCAGUUGCUAAUUUUGUUGAACUGUCAGCUUGUGUCUUCAGUUGGCUAGAGGAACACUGCAAACCUCAAACAUUACAUGAAGUUGUGAUUUCUGUACUCCAACAAUUGCACAAUAGAAUCAGCUAGUCGUUAAAAUA